GAACGCUUCUCUGGCAGGCACACCGACAGGCAGCAAGGGAGGGACGUACGUACACUCACAGCCCGUGGCGACUCAUGGGCCCUUCUCCCCUCGUUCUGUCUUCCAGGCUCCCGGGAGCAGCACCAGGGCCAGGGAGACAAUGGUCUCAGUGACUAUGGCCACUUCCGAGUGGAUCCAGUUCUUUAAGGAAGCCGGCAUUCCUCCCGGGCCUGCUGUCAAUUACGCCGUGAUGUUUGUGGAUAAUAGGAUCCAGAAGAGCAUGCUGCUGGAUCUCAACAAAGAGAUCAUGAAUGAGCUGGGCGUGACCGUGGUGGGCGACAUCAUCGCCAUCCUCAAGCAUGCCAAGGUGGUGCACCGCCAGGACAUGUGCAAAGCUGCCACUGAGUCCGUGCCCUGCAGCCCCAGCCCCCUCCCAGGCGAGAUUCGCCGAGGCACCUCUAGCGCUGCCUCUCGAAUGAUUGCUAACAGUCUGAACCGUGACUCCCCACCCGGCACUCCACCGAGGCGGCCGGACACCAGCACCUCCAAGAUCUCAGUCACCGUGUCCAACAAGAUGGCAGCGAAGACUGCCAAGGCUGCCGCAGCCCUGGCCCGCCGCGAAGAGGAGAGCCUGGCCGUUCCCACCAAGCGGCGCCGGGUCACUGCCGAGAUGGAGGGGAAAUACAUCAUCAACAUGCCCAAAGGCACCACCCCCCGGACCCGUAAGAUCCUGGAGCAGCAGCAGGCGGCAAAAGGUCUCCACAGGACGUCCGUGUUCGACCGCCUCGGCGCCGAGACCAAGGCAGACACGACAACAGGGAAUAAAACCCACCUGCCGUUACUUUCAGAUCUCAUCUCUGAGGUCUCUUGUCCAGGGAGUCUCUCCCGAACUUCAGCCAAGCCCACAGGAGUCUUCAGCCGCCUGGGGGCCACCCCAGAGAUGGACGAGGAUCUGGCUUGGGACAGCGACAAUGACAGCAGCAGCUCUGUCCUGCAGUAUGCCGGGGUCCUGAAGAAGCUGGGCCGGGGCCCAGCCAAGUCCAGUCCCCAGCCAGCACUGACUGUCAAAGCUAAGGCCACAAGUUCGGCCACAACGGCUGCCACCCCAACACUGCGGCGUCUGGCCCUUUCCUCACGCCCUGGACUCGAGAGGAAGCCAGAGUCCCUGUCCAAAGGCAGCAUCAUCCAGAGACUGGGCAAGGCUGCCCUUGUGCCUGAGGCCCAGGACAGCCAGGUCACGAGCACCAAGAGCCCGACUGUGCGCUGCGUCCUGCCUGACCCUCCUGCGCCUCCGGCCUCCCAGCGGCCCCGUCGACGGUGGCGUCGAGCCUGUAGAGACUGUUAGCCGCCCUCGCUCCCAGACCCUGGGCUGCAGCAGGGCCCCUCUGUUUUCCGGCCCUGGGCGUCUUUUUCUCUGAAAGCCUGUGGCGGGUGGCGAGCAAGGGUCACCGGGAAGGGAGGCCAGUGCCGAGAGAGAAGAAAACAGCUGUUUUAAUAUAUUUUUGUGGCUUUCAAACUGUUUCCCUCCCCUCCUUCAGGGUGAGUCACAGGGUUGUUUUUCACACAAAGCACAAUGUGGGUGGGGGUGCCAGUGAGGGGUUGGGCUCUGUCUCUGAAGGUCAAGGCUCCACGUGGGCCAUGUCUUUGCUGCAGGCCCCCAGUGGAAGGGAGUAAUGGUCACGGUCCCCGUUCAGUUGGGCUUCCUCUCCCCAUCAACCCACUGCGGUGGUCCUGCCUCUGUGUCUGUCCCCCCACCGUAUAUUUCACCUGUGCCUGCCAUUCUGCCUGUUGGCAGCUUUCCAGAUUGCUGGCUUCCUGGUGAGGCAGCUCCUGCCGAUUUGAUCACACACCCAUUCACUGCUGCACAGCCCCUACCCUGUGCCAGGCCUGUUUGAGGAGCUAGGGAUCCGUUGGGAGCAAGGCAGACAAGCUCCUGCCAGCACGGCUGACCUCUCUGGCCAGGGAGAUGGCGGUAAAGUGAUCAUGCUGUCGGAAGAAUGGGAGUGAGGAGCAGAGGCGACCAAGGCCUCUUCAGAAGUUGGGGGUAAGAAGGCCUUUUAAGAGGAGGUGAGGCAAGGGCUGAGCCGGGAACGAUCAGAAGCGGCUGCGUGAAGUGCAGGAGGAGAGUGUUCGGCCGAAGACAAGGCCAGGGCAGAGGUUGAGCGAGGAGCAGGGAGAGGCCAGGGGGCCGUCAGGCGUCAGGGGAGCCAGGGGCUGAAUGAGGAGCCUGCCAUGUAGCACAGGUGGGGGCAGGUGGGCGGGGACCAGGUGACUUAGGGCUUUGUGAUUCAUGGUGAGGAAUUGGACAUCUUCCCUACGCUCUGAGAAGUUGGGGAGGGUAAAGCCAGCAAGGGAUGGUCUGAGUUGCCUUUUGUGAAGGUGGCUUUGGCCCCUGUGAGGAGGAUAAAUUGUCGGGAGGCAGCCGUACAGGAACUGGGGCAAGAAAGGAAGGUGGUGUGGGGUGACGCGUGGGGAGGAGGAAGGUGAGUGGGCUUCGGUGGAGCAGCGGGCAGCGUGGAUGGAUGGGAAGCUGGGGUGCGGGGAGCAGGGGUCACCUCGACACCGGAGCAUCUAGCCAGAGGUGCCGUUUGUGGAAACCAGGAGGCUGGGGGUAGGGGAGCG